AUGUAUAUCUUACCAUUGAUACUCUUGAACCUCUUCUUGGGUCUUAAUGCCUACUCGGCGGGACUAGCUGGUGCCGGAUUCGCUGGUGCAGGACUCGCUGGUGCAAGACUCGCUGGUGCAGGACUCGCUGGUGCCGGACAAGCUGCUGCUGCACAAGCUGCCGCUAGACAAGCUGCCGCUGCACAAGGUGCCUUUGGACAAGCUGGCGCUGGAUUCGCUGGUGCAGGACUCGCUGGUGCCGGAUAUGCUGCUGCUGCACAAGCUGCCGCUAGACAAGCUGCCGCUGCACAGGGUGCCUUUGGACAGGCUGGCGCUGGAUUCGCUGGUGCAGGACUCGCUGGUGCUGGACUUGCUGCCGCAGGACAGGCCUUUGCAGGAGCAACCGCCGCUGGACAGAUUGCUGCUGGACAAGCCUUUGCAGGAUUAACUGCCGCUGAACAACAGGCUGCACAAGCUGUUGCUGCACAAGUUACUGGUCAAGCCGUAGGACAAGCUGCUGCUGGUCAAGCUGCUGCUGGACAAACUGCUGCUGGACAAGUUGCUGCACAGGUUGCCGCUGAACAGAUCGCCGCUGGACAAGCUGCCGCUCAACAGAUUGCCGCAGGACAGGUAGCUGCUGGACAAGCUGCUGCACAGAUUGCCGCUGCACAGACUGCUGCUGCACAAACUGCCGCUGCACAGACUGCCGCUGGACAGGCUGGCGCAGGACUAUCUGCCGUUGAACAAGCUGCUGCACAGGUUGCCGCUGCACAGGUUGCCGCUGCACACGCUUUUGCCGGACUAAGUGCUGCUGAACAAGUUGCUGCACAAAUUGCCGCUGGACAGAUUGCCGCUGGACAAGUUGCCGCUGGACAGGCCUUUGCUGGAGCAUCCGUUGCUGGACAAACUGCUGCUGGACAAGCUGCUGCUGCACAAUGUGUAGCUGCACAGAUUGCCGCUGGACAAGUUGCUGCUGGACAAGCUUUUGCAGGAUUAACUGCUGCCGAACAAGCUGCUGUACAGGCUGCUGCUGGACAAGUUGUCGCAGGUCAAGCUGCCGCUGGAUUAACUGCCGUUGAACAAGCUGCUGCACAAAUUGCCGCUGCAAAAAUCGCCGCUGGACAGGCCAUGGCAGGAUUAUCUGCCACCGAACAAGCUGCUGCACAAAUUGCUGCUGGGCAGAUUGCCGCUGAACAGGUUGCAGGACAAGCAUUUGCAGGAGUAGCUGGUGCUGGACAUGCCAGACAUGUUAGACACGCUGGACAGGCUGGAAAAGCUGCCGCUGGAAAAGCUGCCGCUGGACAAGCUGCCGCUGGACAAGCUGCCGCUGGACAGGCUGCCGCUGGACAUGGUGCCGCUGGACAGGCUGCCGCUGGACAGGCUGCCGCUGGACAAGCUGCCGCUGGACAGGCUGCCGCUGCAAGAAGAGCUAGACACGUUGCUGGAUUUGCUGGCGCGGGAGUCGCUGGUGCAGGAUUCGCUGGACAGGCAGCAUUUGGACAAGCUGCUGCUGCAGGAAACGCUGCUGCUAGACAGGUUGUCGCUGGACAGAUUGCUGCUCAACAGGCCUUUGCAGGAUUAUCUGCUGCUGGACAAGCUGCUGCACAAAAUGCCGCUGGACAAGUUGCCGCUGGACAGUCUUUCGCAGGAGUAGCUGCUGCUGAACAAAUUGCUGCACAGAUUGCCGCUGAACAAGUUGCCGCAGGACAGGCUGCCGCCGGACAGAUUGCUGCUGGACAGAUGUCCGCUGGACAAGCUGCUGCACAAAUUGCCGCUGCACAAACUGCCGCUGCACAGACUGCCGCUGCACAGACUGCCGCUGGACUGUCUGCUGUUGAACAAGCUGCUGCACAGAUUGCCGCUGGACAAGUUGCUGCUGGUCAAGCCAUGGCUGGAUUAACUGCCGCUGAACAAUGUGCUGCAGAGAUGGCCGCUGCACAAAUUGCCACUCAACAAGUUACCGCUGGACAGGCUUUCGCUGGACAAGCUGCUGCUGCACAAGUUGUCGCUGGACAAGUUGCCGCUGGACAGAUGGCCGCUGCACAAGCCUUCGCAGGACUAUCUGCCGCUGAACAAGCUGCUGCACAGAAUGCCGCUGCUCAAGUUGCCGCUGGACAGGCGGCCGCUGGAUUAACUGCCGUUCAACAAGCUGCUGCACAGGUUGCCGCUGCAAAAAUUGCCGCUGGACAAGCUUUGAUGGGAAUGACUGCUGCUGAACAAGCCGCUGCACAGAUUGCUGCUGCACAAAUUGCUGCUGGACAGGUUGCUGGUGGACAAGCUGCAGCAGGAGCAUUUGCAGGAGUAGCUGGCGCUGGACAUGCCAGACAUGUUAGACACGCUGGACAGGCUGGAAAAGCUGCCGCUGGACAAGCUGCCGCUGGACAAGCUGCCGCUGGACAGGCUGCCGCUGGACAUGGUGCUGCUGGACAGGCUGCCGCUGGACAAGCUGCCGCUGGACAGGCUGCCGCUGGACAGGCUGUCGCUGGACAAUCCGCCGCUGCCCAAGCUGCCGCUGGACAAGCUGCCGCUGGACAAGCUGCCGCUGGACAAGCUGCCGCUGGACAAGCUGCCGCUGGACAAGCUGGUGCUGGACAAGCUGCUGGUGCAAGAAAAGCUAGACAUGUUGCAGGUGUUGCUGGCGCGGGAUUCGCUGGACAGGCUGCCUUUGGACAAGCUGCUGCAGGACAAGCUGCCUUUGGACAGGCUGGCGCAGGAUUUGCUGGUGCAGGACUCGCUGGUGCCGGAAAUGCUGCUGCUGCUGCACAAGCUGCCGCUAGACAAGCUGCCGCUGCACAGGGUGCUUUUGGACAGGCUGGUGCUGGAAUCGCUGGUGCAGGACUCGCUGGUGCUGGACAUGCUGCUGCUGCACAAGCUGCCGCUAGACAAGCUGGCGCUGCACAGGCUGCCUAUGGACAAGCUGGCGCUGGAUUCGCUGGUGCAGGACUCGCUGGUGCAGGACUCGCUGGUGCAGGAUUCGCUGGUGCAGGACUCGCUGGUGCCGGAAAUGCUGCUGCUGCUGCACAAGCUGCCGCUAGACAAGCUGCCGCUGCACAGGGUGCUUUUGGACAGGCUGGUGCUGGAUUCGCUGGUGCAGGACUCGCUGGUGCUGGACAUGCUGCUGCUGCACAAGCUGCCGCUAGACAAGCUGGCGCUGCACAGGCUGCCUAUGGACAAGCUGGCGCUGGAUUCGCUGGUGCAGGACUCGCUGGUGCAGGACUCGCUGGUGCAGGAUUCGCUGGUGCAGGACUCGCUGGUGCCGGAAAUGCUGCUGCUGCUGCACAAGCUGCCGCUAGACAAGCUGCCGCUGCACAGGGUGCUUUUGGACAGGCUGGUGCUGGAUUCGCUGGUGCAGGACUCGCUGGUGCUGGACAUGCUGCUGCUGCACAAGCUGCCGCUAGACAAGCUGCCGCUGCACAAGGUGCCUUUGGACAAGCUGGCGCUGGAUUCGCUGGUGCAGGACUCGCUGGUGCCGGAUAUGCUGGUGCUGCACAAGCUGCCGCUAGACAAGCUGCCGCUGCACAGGGUGCCUUUGGACAAGCUGGCGCUGGAAUGGCUGGCGCUGGAAUGGCUGGCGCUGGAAUGGCUGGCGCGGGAAUGGCUGGCGCAUUCAGAACUGCCGCAGGAAGAGCUGGUGCAUUAGCAAUGGCUGCUUAA